GUCUCUGAAGGAGCUGCGGGCCCAGUAUGGUGAGGGGGAUGCGGCGGGACCGGGACCCAGCUUCUCCCUCGCCUCGGCUGUGGACGGAGCCAGGAGUGGGAGUGCGGAUGAGGGGAGGAAGAUGGUUGCUGCAGCUCAAGCACAAGCAGAUGAAAGAAGAAGCCAAAGUGUAAAUAGUCCGGUCCUUGCUGAUCCGUCACCAGUCAUUGUGAAAGCACCAACCAAACCAGUAAUAGAUGGCUCCAUUUUAAAGACCGUUGAGAGACAGAGACUAGCCAAGGCACGAAGGGAAGAAAAGGAAAAGGAGAUGGCUGCAAAAGAAUAUCAAUUGCUAGAGAAAGAAAAGAAAGCACGACUUCAGUACGCGAAACAAGUGGAAGAGCGACAGAAGAAAUUGGAAGAACAACGGCAGAAGGAACAACAGAAGCGAGUCGCAGUGGAAGAGAAGAGGAAGCAAAAGCAGGAAGAGGAAAAGGAGCGCUACGAGGCUGUGAUGCGACGCACCUUAGAACGGAGCCAACGCUUGGAGCAGAGACAGAAAAGGUGGUCCUGGGGAGGAGCUGUGUCAACUGAGAAGGAAAACUCCAAUGGUGAACCUGACAGUUCCUUAACUCCACCUCUCAGUUUGUCAGACUGCCCCCCUCCUUCCUCAGACUCUCAGACUUCCACUGAAGAUGGUUCUGCUGUAGACAAACGGUCUACUUCCAGUGCGAAUCUCAUGAAGCAAGCAGGGCCAGUAAUGAAUAAGCGUUUGUCUUCAUCCUCAACAGCUCUCCCAAAUUCUCCCGACAAAGGCACAGCGGAUAAGAAGAGGAGCUCCUCGCUAAGUAGAUUGGCCAGUAAUCCUCGAUCGUCUACUCAAGUAGACAAACUCCCAAGAGAAGAACUUCAAGCUCGACGUUCUCAGAACAGUCCCAUGGAGAGUAGUAUAAUCAGCCGUCUGCUGAUGCCCACACAGUCAUCUUUAGCUAGGAGCAAGAGUGCUGCUGCUUUACCAGAAGCCGGACAAGGUUCUGCAGAGUCUCAUCUCUGUCCUCGUUCAGCUUCAGCUGGUCCUGUGAACUCCCCCAUCAACGCUGCCAACAAGCCUCUGCGUAGCCGCAGCAUUGAUCGACAGAACUUGGUGGAUGCCGUUGCUGGAGGUGUGACGCCAGUCGAGGCCACGCAGAAGCAAGUCAAAGAAAAGCGCCCUUCAUCUCCAGCUACAACUGCAAGCCGUAGACGGUCUCCUUCCCCAAAUCUAGCAAAGAGACCCCCAUCGCCAUCGAACCCGGGUGCCAGGAGACCCUCUUCACCGAGUACAGGCACCAGGCGACCUCCAUCACCAUCAAACACGGGCGCUCGGAGACCCUCAUCACCAUUGAACACAGUGAAGAGAUCAAUUUCGCCAUCAAUGGUCAAAUCGAGUCCAAAGAACUGUCCUCCUCCUCCUCCUCCCAGCACAUUUAAGCCGCACCCUCCAUCCCCCACAUCCGUCCAUAAACCUCUGCCUGUUCACCGACCUCCUGCUGCUUCCACUGGUGCAACAGCAACCAAAAGGAAAAUGGAGAAGGAGGGAAAACCAAAGCAGAAAUUGGAAGUUACUGGCACAGAAAAAGAAUCCUCAACAUCGUCUAGCAAAUCCAAAGAUUCUGAGCAGAAACCAGGAACCACAUCUGCUGAAGAAGCUGCUAAAAUCCUGGCUGAGAACAGGCGCCUAGCUCGUGAACAGAAGGAGCGUGAAGAGCAGGCAAGGCUGCGCCUAGCGGAAGCUGAGAAGCUCAGGAAAGAAGAGCUAAAGAAGAAGGAGGCUGAAGAGAAGGUUCACAGGGAAGAAGCAGCCCGCGUGCAGAGAGAAGAGCGAAAGCUUGCAGAAGAGGAGAAUCAAAGGAAGUCUGAAGAGGAAAGACUUUGCAGAGAGCGUGAGGAGCAGGAACGCCUUGCAGAUCUAAAGCUCCAGAGAGAAGAGGCAGAGGCCAAAGCUGUGGAAGAGGCUGAGCGGCAGAGACUGGAGCGAGAGCGAAUCAUGCAGCAGAACCAGCAGGAGCGUCUCGAGAGGAAGAAGAGAAUUAAAGAGAUUAUGAAGAGAACCAGGAAGGAUGAUCAACAACAGUCAAAGAAAGAUGAGAGGAUGCAUGAUGCAGCGGCUGAAGAAAGCAGCGAGGACGAACCCAGGAAUGAGGAUGCAGAUGAAGUGGAUAGUACUAAUGGGAUCGAUGAGCUUCAAGACCAAGCACAAGAUGGUGUCGAGUUGUCUGAAGCUGCAGGACAUGAGCCAACGGGAUUAAAUGGUGUCAACCAAACUAAUAACAUUACAGUGCAUUUGAACAAAGAGUCAGUGAUGGGUGUAAGCGCUGUACCAAAGGACAACUGUGUUGUAUCGGAACUUUUACGUGUAAAUGAAGUAGGUGAAAGUAUUGUACAUCAGAAUGGAAAGUCAAGUACGUGGAUCAUUGAUGAGUUUAUUGAGCUUGGUGUUUGUUCAAAGACCGACAGCAAGUUAACUGUGGCAGCCUGCGAUGCUGAGGACUGUAACCAAAGCAUUCUGGAGAGCCGCAGUAUUGGAUUUGAAGAAAACGGAGCAGUGACGUCUUUGACCAAACCUGUCGGGGGAGUGGCAGAGCUCUGAAUGUCUUGAUUGGAAUUGCACCUUCCACGUUCAGUAUUUUACCAAGUGCUGAAGGCCCUGUCACUUGAAGCUGCUUCUAGAGGACUUUUCAUUUUGCGCAGAAGAAUUAACGAGUCACCUUUUACCGAGGUGAAAUGUCACAUAGGAUGCUGGUUUACACCGUUACAUAUUUCAGGAGCUUGCUCCUUGAUUGUGUUGUAAUUUCAGUAGAUUUUUCUAACCUGUUUUUGGGUUAAUCUGUCAAAUUUAAUUCCUUUCCUAACUCUCUCUCUUGUCAAACGAGUUACUUAGAUCCACCUUUAUUUUCAUAUUGGUUGAAUUAGCUUUGGUUUGCUGCUCUGGUCACAUGGAGAAGUUUAUGUAGGUGUUAUGUAUAGGGUGAAUGGUGCCUCGUUUAUUAAAGCUUUUUUUUUAAUAAAGUGACAGUAAUAAGCUAGCUAUGGUUCACAUAGACUGAUGGAGCUGAAGAAAAGUUGUGAUUCAGUUGUGAAUCUGUUUGACUUGAAUUACAAAAUCAGACUUGUGAUGCAGUUAAUUGGCAAUCGUUAGUCUGAUUGCCUGUACAAGAUCAGUAAUGUUCUGGAAAUGUUAGUAAUUGGAUAGAAUGUAGGAGCUGACACUCACCCUCCUCGUUAUCCUGCACCUCCCCCAGACCUCGAUGUUUAAAUGGAUUUGGCUCAGAGCAGUAUUAGGAGUGGGACGAGCUAACAAUGAAUUGAGAGAUGUGUUUUGAAGGGACCGUUAUUGCAGGGAAUGAGAGCUGCUGGAGCUCACUGAUAUGAAAUUAUUGGUUGAAGUUUCAUUACAUUUACACUGUUCAAUGUUGUACUGGAAUAGGAAUUGUGAAUUAACCUAUUAUUUAAUAGGCUCCUUGUUUCAAUUUCAUCCUUCUAGAAUAUUGUAUUUUUAAUAAGCCUGCACUAAUGUACGUUAAUGAAAUAGUUUCAGCCAGUAAACAGUUUAUUUGUUGGUAGCAGCUUAGCAUUUACAUGUAUUACACUUAUUUUAAGGUAAGAAAUUUUCUUUGGCUUAAUGUAUUUAAGUUUCUCUGUAUACAUCUAAGUGUUAUUUGGUUGUACAUUCUAAACAGUAUUGGGCCAGAGACUCUUCAUGGUCUUUUUAUUAAGUACUCUUCCUAGCAUCAUAUUGUAUUAAUGAGGUAUAACUAAGAAACCAAGGCAAUACAUCUUUAAACAACCUCUUCACUGCAGCCUAGGUCGUAUCCAUCCACCUUUGAUGGAUGUGAAGCUUGCAUCCUUGGCUCCUGAACUGAAUUAGCUACCGCCAUCCAUAGGAAGCUGCAUCUUUUCACAGCACUAGUUCCAUCUAUUAAGUUUACUAGGUAUUUUCUCCUGAUAUGUUACUCAAUAGUUCUUUAUUAAUCUGAUCGGGGCCCCAGGCUACAGUGAAUAAACUUUCUCAGCCAUAUCCACUCCUAAAUGAAAGCCAUUACUUGGCUGCUUUUUACUGUGUUUAACUGUUUUGUUGCUGGUGCAGUUUAUAGAAGUGGGAAUCUUCUGGUCUGUAACACGUACUGAAGGCAGUCGAACUCACCUCAGUGACAGUUAUUUAGACUAGAACAGUGCCUUAGAUCAAUCAUUUUGUGUAUUUUUGUAAGAUAAUUAACUUGAAAUCUUUGCAAGAAAAUGACAAUCUCUAGCAGAACUGCCCUUUGCGCUGUGCAGAUGUUGCUUUUGCUCAGUGCCCUGUUCACAACUGUAUGUAAAUAGCAAUGUGUAUCAUUUAAA